UGCAGCAACUGUUGCGGGAAGUGGGUCUUCUCUGACUCUUUAAAUUUCGCCUCUCCUCUUCCUUCAUGGCUUAACGUUUUUUUUCACAUCAAACCAACAGCGAAAAUCCCUUAGCGUAAGUCUUAAAUACGAGAGUGUUUCGUAGAGUUUAUAGUUCGAUAGGGCGAUCACGAGUGAGGCGUGAUUCGUCUGCCAUGGUUGUAUCCUGGGACUCUAUAUUCGUACAGUUCCGUCUCACUAACGGAGCGAAUAUUUUGAGUUAAGGAAAGAGAUCAUAUCUCGACUCCAUGUCUCUUUGCGAAUUCGAUUUCUUAUCGUUCUUGUAUUUGCCUAUUACAUUCGUCUAUUUCCUUAACAUCGCUUUUAUUUUAUCGUUUAUGUCAGUCCGGUUUUUCGGGUUUUACACUUUUUUUGUUGGCAUUUCUCAAAAGUGUUUAUUUCACAAUUUGUUUAAAUCUAUUAAAAAUGGGAAACUGUUUGGAUGGAGGAAACAACAUUGAAAGAAUGGUACAAGAAAAUCAAGAAUUGAAGAAAGUUGACAACAGAAAGAACCGGAAAGUGAAGAUUGUUUUGAGAAGAGAUGAGCUAGAGAAACUCAUUCUCUUCCAGUUAAACGCUGGCAAAGGAGAAACAACUUUGGACUCUUUAGGCGAUUUUCUCAAGGAGUUAGAGGCGGAGAGAUCUGCCGGUGGAGCCGCAGCAAAGGCGGUAGAAGAAGAGGAUGAGUCUUGCCGGAGAAGUAAAAAAUGGAGACCGUCGUUCGACAAAAUCAUUGAAUGGCCCGAAGAAACACUUGCGUAAUCACUUCCUUAAUUUAGAUCAUUAAGGUUUUAAAAUUUAUUUUUAUGUUUCUGAGUAUGGAGUUUUUUGUGGGGGGAGUUUGAUUUUUCAGGAUUUUUUUUCUCCUUUUUCCGAUGGAAUUUUUCAUCUGAGAUAUGUUUUGUUCUCAGAGUGAGAUAUCUUCGGUGUUUGAAACUGGCGAAGGCUUAUUUAUCCCACAUAAAACCCAAAAGAAGCACGAAAUUAUGUAUUUGUUUAUCUUCUCUCAUGUAUAAGGUUCAAUUUGUCAAGUGUCAAAAUUUCAUAUUAUUGUGUUGUUUUAGAACAUUGUCAAUAUGUAAUAGAAAUCUAUUUUCAUUAAACUAGCCUUGACCAAAUGUGGUUAAGACUUUCGUUCUCAAUGUGAUAAGGAAGUACAUAGAUGGACUGAUAACGUAAUUUGAUGUGGUUUUGUGCAUCAAAUAAGUCUAUCAACCACAUUAACUAGGUAUAUAUGACUGAACAUCAAUACUAAAUGGUGAGGGGUUGAGUAUUGUCUUGAUUAUUCAAUGCUACUAUACGUUCAAAUUUUCUUUGAGGCAUACC